AUGUGGAAAAACAACAACAGAAUCACUUCUCUAACCAUUGUAUUUUUUAUUCUAACUUUUUCACUUAUAAGAACAAGCUCAGCUUUAUACUUCUAUCUUGAGGGAAAUGACCCAAAGUGUUUUAAUGAAGAAUUGCCAAAAGACAUACUUGUUGUAGGUACCUAUAAGGCAGAAGAAUGGUCUGAUACACAACAACAAUAUAUUGAAAAUACACAACUUGGGAUUCAAAUAAUUGUAGAGGAAUUACCUCAUAAUCAUCGUAUUGUAAAUCAAAGAGGUGCAAAUAAAGGUCGAUUCACUUUUACCACAGCAGAAGCAGGCGAUCAUAUCAUAUGUUUACAAACCAAUUCAAGUAAUUGGUUUUCUUCUACACAAACGAAAUUACAUUUAGAUAUCGUAUUUGGUGACUCAACCGAUAGUGAAGAUAAUCAUGAACAUUUUAGUGAUCUUGCACAAAGAGUCCAUGAUUUAAAUUAUCGUGUUACAGAUAUCAGAAGAGAACAAAGUUAUCAACGUGAACGUGAAGCAGAAUUUAGAGAUCAAUCUGAACUUACAAAUUCACGUGUAUUAUAUUGGACAGUAAUUCAAUUAAUUGUUCUUGGAAUCACAUGUUUAUGGCAAAUGACCCAUUUAAAGAAUUUCUUUGAAGCAAAGAAGCUUGUUUAA